AUGCCAAUGAUGUAUUGCAAGUCGACGGUCGGUUAUCUGCUGCUUUCUUUGUCUGUACUUUGUGGGUCGAGCGCCGUGCCUCCCCGAGCUUCGGCCCCAGCGGAACCCAUACCUUCUCUCGCAUUCAGCACGACUCUCGCUGGGAAAACCUUCGUUAACAAGGGCCUUGUUGCGUUCGGUCUCAUCCCAUCCAACUUCACGGAAUCGACUGGUGACACAAUCGGAGGUAUCGGAAGCGCCAUUGCCUUGAAACGCGGAUCCUUCCAGCGGCAUGCCAAUGGGACAUAUACGGGCACCAUCAUCGUCCAACCAGACCGUGGCUUCAAUGUCAUAACCACUAUUAAUUACCAAGGGCGUCAGCACAGCAUCGACUUCACGUUAACACCUUACUACGGCACUUCCGCUUUGUCGUUCAGCGAUGCUCAACAAACCCUGAAGUUAAACUACAAGAGCACGCUGCUGUACUUCGAUAGGGGUCAUGUCAAGACCAGUGGGCUGGAUGCGUUAGGUAUUCGGCCUGCAGAGGAUGGCUCUCCACAAGACUCCCUCGCCGAUCCAGUGAUGCCUAUCCCCAACAGCACCUUCAAUCACCUCAGCGUGGACGCGGAGGGCCUUGUUCUCAAUGCUGACGGAAGUUUUUGGACAUCCGACGAGUAUGGCCCGUAUAUUUACCGGUUUUCGCCUGAAGGGGAUCUACUGCAGGCAAUCCAGCCGCCCGCCGCCUUCCUUCCUGAGAAUAAGAAGGGAAACAUCAACUUCACCUCCGUAACGGAUCCUACAACAGGGAGGGCUGGGAAUCAAGGAUUCGAAGGACUCACUGCAUCCCCCGAUGGAUGUACUCUUUACGCACUGCUGCAAAGUGCCACCAUCCAGGACGGGGGCGACUCGAAGAGCACCUCUCGAUACACAAGGCUACUCGCUUACUAUAUCCCUGCCACCACCAGCACCCGUCCCCAGCUGAUUGGCGAAUGGGUCGUACCUCUGCCCCAAAAUUCGAAGGGUAACACGCUCGCGCAGUCAGAGAUGCACUUCCUCAGCCCUACCACGUUCCUUGUCCUCGCGAGAGAUGGCAAGGGACACGGAGACGACGAUACGUCGUCUUCGUAUAAGCAAGCGGACCUGAUUGACAUCUCGAACGCUACCGACAUUCAUGCCACGAGGUUUGAUGACCCAGCUAACCCCAUCGCGAAGAAGGGUAAACUCGACUCUGCCAUCACGCCAGCGACCUAUGUUCCAUUCGUCAGUCUCAUCAAUGACACCCAGCUUGCAAGGUUCUCCCUGCACAAUGGCGAUCCGGCUAAUGCUCAGCUCAUCGAUGCGAAAUGGGAAUCACUCGCCCUGGCUCCUGUGGGCGAUCCUGCUUUCCCCCAUGAUUAUUUCCUGUUCACAGCCGCUGACAAUGACUUCAUCACCACCGAUGGCAUCUCCUUGGGUCAGCCGUACAACGCAGGCUUGGACAACGACAAUCAGUUCAUGGUUUUCCGCGUUACAUUACCGACCGUGGCAGCCGGCAGUGUGCAGAGAGCCAUCGGUAUCGAGUAA